AAUGGCACGAAGCGGAAGUAAUAUCUGCAUAUUGUUUCCUGUAUAUGAAAUGGAUAUGUAGGUGUACUUCAUGCUAUGAGCAAGCUCCCGAUUUGUAUUUCAAGUGACGGGUCAGGUCGAACUGGACAUGGCAGGAAGGAGGCAGAGUUUGCUCAUCCAUGUCGACAGGCGGGUUUCUAGAAAAUUGCCCAUUCUGCGAGGUAGAUCCACCCGGGGUGCCUGUCCCAUAGUUCGUCUUGGGUUCAUCGUACGUUUGUUGGACUCGGGUUGUUGUCGGAAUGGGGUCGUUUCAAGCGAUUGCCCCGGGCUCCUCUUAGCGGUAUGGAGCCCGAGCUAUGGAUGCACUGAUCGCCUAGGUGCCGACUGUGUUUCCAGUCGCUGACGUUGCUGACUUGGGACGGUCUGUGCAUGAGAUUGAGUGAGCUAGCUUUAUGGAGAUGGAU